UCGCCUCCCUACGCCGCCGCCCGGGCCGGCUCCGCGCCCCCUCCCCGGCCCCCGCCCGCCCGCCUGCCGGCCGCCCCCAUGGCGCCCCGGGCCCCCACUGCGCGGGGCCACUAGGACCCUCGGUGUCCCCUCUCCCGCCCUGCCCCCUCUCCCACGGCGCGGACUCGGGCGUCCACGGCGCCCAGCUUUUGAGCUCGCGUCCCCAGGCCGGCGGGGGGGGAGGGGAAGAGAGGGGACCCCCGGAUCCCCGCCCCCCCCCACCCGGCCGCCCCUGCCCCCUGGGACCCGGAGAAGAUGUCUUCGCGGACGGCGCUGGCCCCCGGCAACGAUCGGAACUCGGACACGCAUGGCACCUUGGGCAGUGGCCGAUCUUCAGACAAAGGGCCGUCCUGGUCCAGCCGCUCCCUGGGUGCCCGCUGCCGGAACUCCAUCGCCUCCUGCCCCGAGGAGCAGCCCCACGUGGGCAACUACCGCCUGCUGCGCACCAUCGGGAAGGGCAACUUCGCCAAAGUCAAGCUGGCCCGGCACGUCCUCACCGGGCGGGAGGUCGCCAUUAAGAUCAUCGAUAAAACCCAGCUCAACCCCAGCAGUCUGCAGAAGCUGUUCCGAGAAGUCCGCAUCAUGAAGGGCCUAAACCACCCCAACAUCGUGAAGCUCUUCGAGGUGAUCGAGACCGAGAAGACCCUGUACCUGGUGAUGGAGUACGCAAGCGCCGGAGAAGUGUUUGACUACCUCGUGUCGCACGGCCGCAUGAAGGAGAAGGAAGCGCGGGCCAAGUUCCGACAGAUUGUAUCGGCCGUGCACUACUGUCACCAGAAAAACAUUGUACACAGGGACCUGAAGGCCGAGAACCUCUUGCUGGACGCCGAGGCCAACAUCAAGAUCGCCGACUUCGGUUUCAGCAACGAGUUUACGCUGGGCUCCAAGCUGGACACAUUCUGUGGGAGCCCCCCGUACGCCGCCCCGGAGCUGUUCCAGGGCAAGAAGUAUGACGGGCCGGAGGUGGACAUCUGGAGCCUGGGCGUCAUCCUGUACACCCUCGUCAGCGGCUCCCUGCCCUUCGAUGGGCAUAACCUCAAGGAGCUGCGGGAGCGCGUGCUCAGGGGGAAGUACCGGGUCCCUUUCUACAUGUCUACCGACUGUGAGAGCAUCCUGCGGAGAUUUUUGGUGCUGAACCCAGCUAAACGCUGCACUCUUGAGCAAAUCAUGAAAGACAAAUGGAUCAACAUCGGCUAUGAGGGUGAGGAGCUGAAGCCAUACACGGAGCCUGAGGAGGACUUCGGGGACACCAAACGCAUUGAGGUGAUGGUGGGUAUGGGCUACACUCGGGAAGAAAUCAAAGAGGCCUUGACCAGCCAGAAGUACAACGAAGUGACCGCCACCUACCUCCUGCUGGGCAGGAAGACUGAGGAGGGUGGGGACCGGGGCGCCCCAGGGCUGGCCCUGGCACGGGUGCGGGCGCCCAGCGACACCACCAAUGGGACGAGCUCCAGCAAAGUCACCAGCCACGGCAAAGGGCAGCGGAGCGCCUCCUCCACCUACCACCGCCAGCGCCGGCACAGCGACUUUUGUGGCCCGUCCCCAGCACCCCUGCACCCCAAGCGCAGCCCAACCAGCACCGGGGAGGCGGAGCUCAAGGAGGAGCGGCUGCCGGGCCGGAAGGCGAGCUGCAGCGCGGCAGGGAGUGGGAGCCGGGGGCUGCCCCCGUCCAGCCCCAUGGUCAGCAGCGCCCACAACCCCAACAAGGCGGAGAUCCCCGAGCGGCGGAAGGACAGCACGAGCACCCCGAACAACCUCCCUCCCAGCAUGAUGACCCGCAGGAACACCUACGUUUGCACAGAGCGCCCCGGGGCAGAGCGCCCAUCCCUGUUGCCAAAUGGCAAAGAAAACAGCUCGGGCACCCCACGGGUGCCUCCCGCCUCCCCCUCCAGUCACAGCCUGGCUCCCCCAUCCGGGGAGCGGAGCCGCCUAGCACGUGGCUCCACCAUCCGCAGCACCUUCCACGGUGGCCAGGUCCGGGACCGGCGGGCAGGGGGCGGGGGCGGCGGGGGCGUGCAGAAUGGGCCCCCCGCCUCGCCCACGCUGGCACAUGAGGCUGCACCCCUGCCGGCUGGGCGGCCGCGUCCCACCACCAACCUCUUCACCAAGCUGACCUCCAAGCUGACCCGUCGGGUCGCAGACGAACCUGAGAGAAUCGGGGGACCUGAGGUCACAAGUUGCCAUCUACCUUGGGAUCAAACGGAAACCGCCCCCCGGCUGCUCCGAUUCCCCUGGAGUGUGAAGCUGACCAGCUCGCGCCCUCCCGAGGCCCUGAUGGCAGCUCUGCGCCAGGCCACAGCGGCCGCCCGCUGCCGCUGCCGCCAGCCACAGCCGUUCCUGCUGGCCUGUCUGCACGGGGGUGCGGGCGGGCCCGAGCCCCUGUCCCACUUCGAAGUGGAGGUCUGCCAGCUGCCCCGGCCGGGCCUGCGGGGCGUUCUCUUCCGCCGAGUGGCCGGCACCGCCCUGGCCUUCCGCACCCUCGUCACCCGCAUCUCCAACGACCUCGAGCUCUGAGCCACUACAGCCCGGGUCCCUUCCUCUUCCUCUCUCUCUUGUUCCCUUUGCUUCUACAGGAGGAAAAGGGGACAGGGAGGGGAUUCUCCUUUUGCCAUCACCUCGGUUUCCAUGGAUUUGGUCGGGGGACAGAAACUGUCCUCUCUGCUGUUCUCCGUGGCUGCUUGGCACGGGAGAAGGACGAGGGGACUUAGUGGGGGGAGCUGGCACCCUCCUGGAGGCUCCAGCCAGUCCUGCUCCCCCUUGCCCUGCCAAGGGGCACCGAGGAGACUUUGGGGGCAGGGCAGGGCCGGAAGGGAAGCUGUGAGAAUGCCAUUCCUCCCAGAGCUCAAGAACUAGGCCUUGGGCGGGGCAGGGACUGCUGAGCCUGAAGACUGGAGAACUCAUGGGGGCCUGGGGAUGGGGUCAGAGAGGCAGAUUCCUUCCCCUCCCCCACCCCUCAUGCUCGAACCCCAAUUCCUGCCCCAGGCUGGCGCGGGGCACUUUGUACAAAUCCUUGUAAAUACCCCUCCCCCCUCUGCAGAGGUCUCUCGAGCUGCCGCUGACACCUCCGGGUUUUUAAGUUAUUACCCCCCAUCCUCCUCCCCUCAGCCCCUCACCUGCAGCCUGUUGCCCAAUAAACUUAGGAGAGUCCCCCCACGCUGACCCAGGGGUCUUCCUUCCCCGCCCUCCCCUGCAGGUGAGCGGAGGAGGAGGAGGAGGUGUGGACCCGGGCCCAGUGGUUUCUCCUGCCUGAGCCCGUUUGGUCAUCUGCAGAAUGGGAGUGGCGGGUGUGGGGGUCGAGGAUCAUAGUGGGAAAGGGCAGAGGCCAAGAGGCCCCAGGUCCUCUCUUGGGGCCCCGGUUUGUCCACUCCCACCAACCAUAUUACACUGGACUCAGCCUCUUCCUACUCCAGUAGUAAAUUUAUUCAAUAAACAGUCAUUGACCAGUGCCUGCUCUGUGCCAGGCCAGUGCUGGACCUGGAGACAUGGGCUGUCCUGCCUGUGGCAUGCAAACACCAGGGGAACCGUUAUCUUGGGGAACCUGGAAAAGUAGCUCCAGAGGAACUCAAACUGGAGUUGGGCUUCGAAGGAUGGGUAGGAGUUGGUGAUGCCCUGAGCCAAAGCCCCAGCCCGUGGGAGUGCAUGGUAUGACUUCAGCUGCGUGCAGUCCAGGGUGGCUGCUGUGUGGGCAUGCGGGGAAUUAGAGACAGUACUAGGAGGAACGGGCCAUCUGCACUGAUGGAGCAGAAAAGUAUUUGUUGGCUUACUAAUAGUUCAGGGCUCUGGCCUCAGGUGUGGUUGAAUUCAGGUUUUCCAUCUCAGUUUUCAUCAGUAUAAAUUUAAUUCUAGUUGUAUCAUCCAAUGGAUGCUCCUUUCCUGAUGGCAGACUUGACCCCAGCAACCCCAAGCAUCUGUCCCUCCUCAUUGCCAACUUUCAGCAAGUCUUGAGGCAGACCUGAUUGGCCAAGAUAAGUCUUGUGGUUAUCCCUGAACUCUGUUCAAUUUCCUUCUGAAACUUUUCUCUCUUGGGGUUCCCCCACAGUGUCCUUACUGAUGGAGGCCUUGACCUGUUUGGCUGAAUGGCGGUCAGUGGCCUGCCCAACGAAACCCAAUCACUGACUUUAGAGUGGCUGGGGCCCCCACCUAGAGCUGAACUUAGGGUUCCCUGAGGAGAGGCUUCAUGCCUGGAGGGAAGCAGAGCUCCACAGGAGCCACUGUGGUUCACCUGGGGCCACCGUGAGCAUGCUAGGCUUUCUUCUGAGGCAUUGGGGAGAGUUUUGCACAGUUUAAUUGAUCCCCAAAGGCCACCUCUGUGCUGGGACAUCUCCAGCCCUACCCUUGCAGAGCUCACGUUCCAGUGGUAGAGACAGAUAUGUCUUCAGACCCACCAUCCAGAGGGACAGGGCUGGUGUAGGUGAGUCCAGGGGGGCACCUGCCCCAACCACGGAGGCCUUCCUGGAGGAGGAGAAGCUGGCUACACACGAGAUGACAUGUGACUCAGGGUAAGUA